AUGGGAGAAAAGCUUAAGUCGUUCAACGCUCAUUUCGAAGCGUUUAAGGAAAAAAUAUUUGAUACAUUAUUUCUGGUUAUAAGUAAGUGCAAGUGGUUUAUUGUAGUUUUCUGGAUACUACUUGCCAUAGCAACAGCGUAUUUUGCACUUACUUUGUUCUCAUACACAACAGUUCAAUUCACUCCACCAAAAGGCUCCCUCUCAGAAACAGCAAACAACAAGUACCACGAGUUGUACCCGUCACACAGUGCCUCAGAAACAACGGUUGUUGUUAUAGUUAGAGAGAAUGGAUUAACAGUUUUGACAAAUAAGACACAAGAAAUCAGUGAAGCUGUCACAGAAACGGCUUAUGCAAACAACGCAACAAAAGUGAUGGGUGUUUACACCGAGGAAACACACCAACUCAAUUUCACCGACUUUUUUGUCGUGAAUGACACGACUGCAAUUUUGAUCAUUUCACCUGUUAGUGGUGUUGAGGACAUUAUUAAGAGUGUACGAAAAACAAUAUCAAAUUUAGACACUGACGGGUAUAGAAUUAGUGUCACUGGACCAACUGCCGCAUCAAUGGACAUCAACUUAGCAAUCAUUGCUGAUAUGAAGUCAAUGGACAUCUUCAUUUUCCCAAUAGCAAUUCUUAUCUUCUUAUAUGUCAUUAGAAACAUAGUCCUCGUGAUCAUCCCAAUCAUCAAUUUGAUUGUUAUUGUCUCAGUAUCAUUCGGCUCACUCUUUCCAAUCGCCUAUUGGUCCGAAUUUUAUUCGAUAGCCCCAGCUAUUGCAGUGGCUUUAGAAGUUGCCAUGUCUGUGGAUUACAGUCUCUUUCUCUUGAGUCGAUAUUCAGAAGAAAUAAGAAAAGACCAAAGCCACUUUGAUGCUGUUAAAACGAUGUUUCGGCACUCCGGUCGUAUUAUCGCGACUUCGGGGUCUGUUCUGAUUUGUUGUUUUCUCAGCUGUUGUUUCUAUGGAGUUACUGUGAUAGUGACAUUAGGGUUGGGGUGUGUGAUCUGUUUGAUUUUCACGGUCGUUGUGAAUUUAACUAUAACACCAAGUCUUUUACUCAUGUUCCCCAAAUUUUUCCGCAUCAAAGGGAUGAUCCCGUGCAGCAAAUUUUGUGUCAGAUACUCGGACAAAGUCGGCUCCAAAUUUUGGCAUUUCCAAGCAAAGUGGAUGAGUCACAAAAAGAAUAGUAUUGUUGUACUAAUCAUAUCUUUGGCAAUACUCGCCCCAGUUAUUAUUUGUAUGAAGGAUUUCAUGUGGACGCUGGCGUCGUCGCAGUGUUUUCCUAAAGGCACUGAAGCGAUUCAGGGACUCACUGACUUGACGAAGGUGAUGCCCACGGGGGCAAUAUCCCCAUAUAAACUUCUAGUGUUAUCAGACCCAACACAACAAGCGUCUUAUGACUUUAUGGAAAAAUUUGGGGAGAGGGUCCCAUCGAGUAUUGGGAAGAAAAACAUUUUCUGUUACAACUACAUGAAUGGAAAUGUGUUGACACAAAGAGAAGUACAUCUACUUCAAAACAUCGACUUUUAUUAUAAAGCAUACAAUUACUCGACUACUUCAUCAUCUUUUCUUUGCAUGCUUGUGCCACAGGAGACUUCAGACGCACGACCUAUAGUUGACGACACGCUCAACAUGAUGACUGGCUUACACAAUGAAUUGGGAAUAGAAAGUUACUUAGUAGGGAGUGAAGUGGACAUGGUGAUAUUAGUCGAAUACAUUUUGGGGUUCUUCCCAAUACAAUUAGUCUGUUUGAUGGUGAUUGUUUUACUCUUAAUUGCACUCGCAUUCCAGUCCCUCUUAAUGGGAAUUCGUGUGAUAUUCACAACCGCUUUGACCAUUGGUUGGGUCUUUGGACUCUCUACAGUGAUAUUCACGUCUUCUAUACUCUACAGAGCAGGCGUUUUCACGGGGUCCAAUGGACUCUUUUGGUCCGUGCCAGUGAUGUGCACUGAUGUUCUUGUUGGACUUUGUUUGGAUUAUGAUAUCUUCUUGUUCACACGAGUACUUGAAUAUAGAAAGAGUGGAUAUUCCACAAAGUCUGCUGUUAUUCUUGGCGUCGAACACACCGGUUAUUUGAUCACAUACGCUGGAAUUAUUAUGGCUGCGGCGUUCUCUGCGUUGAUGUUAUCUUCUAUGAUGGUUUUGCAACAAUUUGGAGUUGUACUUGCUCUCGCAAUUUUACUUGACACGUUUGUCAUCCGAACAAUGGUCGUGCCGUCGCUUCUUCAUUUGUUUGGUGAGUGGAAUUGGUGGCCAAAACGGUAUGAUAUCAAAAUUGAAUUGGAUGGGGGUGUUGACAACUCGAGUGUUGAAAAGGUUGAUGAUGUAAUAGAUGAUCAACAAAAUUUACUUAAUUAA